CCGUGGCGUCUCCUCCCGUGCCGACUGUGAGCGUCAUCUUGCUCCCUUUACCGCGACCUGUUCAUACCUGAGCGCUUGUGCGAGCCCAGGGAUGAUGGAAGAUUCGCUGGGACGUCUGGUUGGCUCAGUCUGCCCGAGGACAUGGGUGAAGGACUUGUGGAUUUAAAAGCCUAAAUGAAGAAAAGCCGCUCGGCAAAAAUGUUUCUGAAGACAACAUUUGAUACGUGCUUUCGCUGGUUAUCGAUUUAUUGACCAGCUUGAGACCGACUGAAGCAAUAGAAUACAAUUCAUUCAUUCAUUCAUGAGAGGAAUUCCCAACAUGUUGUGAAAAAACAAAAAAUGAACCGCUGUGAUUUAGUUACCCUUCAAGCAUUGGAGAUCUGCGUUUAAGCGUGAGAAGAGCAUCGACACCCGCUGAGACAUGGCUCGUCUGAUGGUUUUGGUCAACUCCGUCGUCCUGUUGCUUUUGGGCAGCGACAUGUUCCUAGUAGGGGCAAACCGGCCACCAGCCCCUGUCAACGUGUCCGUCAUGCACCUGCGUGCCGACUCGGCUACUGUAUCCUGGGAGGUUCCUGAGGGAGAUAUAAUUAUUGGCUUCUCCAUCUCGCAACAGAGGCAGGAGGGACACAUGCAGCGAUUCAUACGGGAGGUCAACACCACCAGCCGCUCAUGUGUCCUUUGGGACCUUGAGGAGGAGACAGACUACAUCAUCCAGGUCCAGUCGAUUGGCCUCUAUGGGGAAAGCCAAGCCAGUAAGAAGGUCCAUUUUCGCACCCUUAAGAAGACUGACCGCUUUCCCUCCAACAGCUCCAAUCAAGAUGAUCCCACUGUGCAGGGCCUGGAUAAAUCGCGGCACCUACAAACAGGAGAGAUGAUCAUAAUUGUGGUGGUCCUGGUAAUGUGGGCAGCUGUUAUUGCCCUGUUCUGUCGGCAGUAUGACAUCAUCAAGGACAACGACUCGAGCAACAGCAAGGAGAAGGCCAAGCCGUCGUCGGAGAGGAGCACGCCGGAGCACCACAGCGGAGGGCUGCUGAGGAGCAAGUUUCAUCCCUCUGUGCCGUCCAUCAACAUCAUUGAAGUUUGACAGGAUGGAAGCUGAAGUCUAACCCCCCCCCCCCCCCGUCGGUCUUCUACCAUCAACGCCACCCGACCUUUCUCCCCCGAUGAAGAAAAGAGAUGAGAGGAUUUAAAGUUUCUGUGGGUCAUCAUCAGAGAAUAAGGUCGACUGAUGCUGUCUUUUAUAAGACACACAUGCAUGCACACAGUAUUCGAAGGGAAACACUGAACUUCAGUAUGAACCAAGAGAGAAUUAGCUUAGUGUUGAACUCAGUCAGCUGUGAAUUGUAAAUCAAACCUAGAAGUUUAAUCAGUUGCACCAUCUGGGUUUAAGCCUUGUUCUUGCGAAAACUCCGAAAAAUCAGGAUCAGGUCAAAGUUGCUGAAUUCUACAAAACAUUCGUCUUUGAAUUGAGAAGUCUCUUUUUGUGUCCAACAUCUCCGAAUAAGGCGACUGGAUUGUGAAGAAUCAUAUAUGGCCUAACAUUUUUCUCAACAAGUUGACUGCUUCUUCCUAUUUUGAUUUGACGUUUGACUUCUUGGCAGGCAGUGUUUUAAUGUGCUGGCUGUACAGGUCUGUUUAUUUUCUCUAAGAAAUUGUCUUUCUUUGUCUUUAAACGCCCGUGAGAAUGCCAAAAAUAAAAGAUUACCUACAGAUAAGCAACACAGCAAAGGAUUAAACAUUGCAUUCUAGCAUCAUAGCAGGCAGGUAAAAGCUAAAGUUGUGUGUGAGUUCACAUGUAAACACACAACUGAGUGAAGUGUAGUUCAAAUUAAGGUUGCACAAUAAAUCUCAGUUUCAUUACCGCUGCAGUUUUGAACUGACGCAAGGCACACACUGCUUCAAACUGCAUGAAUCAACAUUAAUAGCAGAAUAAACAUUUUGAUCUGCAAGUGUCAUGCAUUUACACUCAGCAUGUGAACGUUUGGCCAAUCAAAUGAAACCUGCUAGCUAUUCUCUAGCCUCAGAUUAGUUAAUGUCAAUUUUGUGAGGCUUCCGGCAAGGUAACUGAGAAAGCAGAAAAAGGUGAGAGAAUGUGAUGUGUAAAGACCUUGUGGUGAAGCACUUCUGGUACUUGAAAUUAUUUUGGAUGCAGGUUUGAACAGCAGAAAAGUUCCAGCUGACAUUUAUGGUUCAAUACUUCUUUUUAUUGCUAUUCCCUAAUUAUGGCCAUAAUGUGCAGCCUUAGUUAGGACUGGGCUUAAGUUUAGUUGGUGCAAUUGACGGCAUGUCUAGUCUAAAGGCUGGUCUUAACCCACACUGACGACUGAGUUACGGCCAGGCUUGGACCAGUUUGAGCGUCUCAGUGGAGAUCCAUGAGUCUUAACACAUCUACAUGUACACACCCUGAUCCCCCACAAUCCCCCCUUACAGUACAGUAGCUCCUGCAGGUUCAAUAGAACAUGAGUUCGUGUUAACAUGUGGUGCAGUUAACAUUGAGGUGUUUGCCAGGUGCUUGGUAUGUUAUUGCAAUACAGAAAACACACAAUACAACGUACCAUCUCUGGGAGGCCUGUCUUCAUGGCUUUAAAUAUAGGCAGUGUAUUUUUGAUAUCGGCAUGUGCAGUAAGACACUCACGUUCACCUUGUUGUAGAAAACUUGGCUUUAAAAUGAAUCUACAUCUCUUCACUGCAACUAGGGUUCAUCUACUGUCUCACCAUCAUCGUAUUAUUAUGUGACAGCUGCGGGCAGAUUGUUAAUAAACAGAAAAGAGAAUACAUGAAAAACACAACAUGUCUUUUUCCUAUAGUUACUGAUAUUAAAAUGCCAUUUUCUGCCUAACUUAGCAUUGUAUUUUUUCACAUUUCAUACAUCAAAAAAACAUGUGUGUACAUAUUUCAUGCAUUUGCUAAAUGAAGUUGCAUGCAGGUCAUUUGCCUGUAGAAUAACAUUUGAUGUGCAAUCAAAGUUAGAUGCCAAAAAUAGAGAAAAUAAAGAUAUUUGAAGUACUGUGAAGAUGUUUUUUUCUGCUGUUUUACCUGCUUUAGAUCAGGACACUUCAUAUUAUCCUCUAAAUAUUGUAUAUUUCCUGAUGAUUGUACCUCCUGCCAUGUAAAAUAAACCUUCUUUUGAAUGUCCCAA